AUGUUUUCCUUGCAUUUGAGGCAGAUAUACCGCUUUAGUGAUAAAGUUUUAAUUCGCACACUUAGAAGUCGAAGGUUACAGCCACCGGGACCUAAUCCUGGCUUAGAUAAUCGACUUAAGUCCUAUGAAAGUGAAGGUCUACGUAUAGAAGAUGAAGACGCGGAAUCUGUUGUGGAACAAUCCGAAAGUGACUUCUAUAAUGUUGGUGAGGCAUACAAUGAACACAUGAAUGAAUCACUAAUGGGUAAAUAUGAAAUGCGCCACCGUAUUAUAAAGGAGAAGUACUUUAAGGAAAACAUGCCUAACCUAUUGACAUGGAGUGAAAAAGAACAAAUAAGACAUUUGGCGUCUACAGAACCUGAUGAGUGGACACCGGAGAAGAUAGCUGAAAGUUUUCCUGUCACAGUUCUUGUUGCUAAGAAACUUCUUAAAUAUCCUUGGAAACCAGCAACAGUGCAGCGAAUCGCACGGCAUGACAGCUCAGUCAUGCGAAAUUGGAAGGAAUUAAAGGAGGGUUCCAUAGACAUACCAGAAGAUUUGAGAAAACAUUUCCUUAAAUUUUCUGAUAGAAGCAUUCCACCUUUAAAUAAAGAAUCUAUUAAAAUUGAACUCAGUGAACAAGAGAAUAUUGGAGAAUUUGAAAGUAUAAUUCGUAGGUGUGCAGCUAGUGAAAAACAAUCUCCAAACAAUGAGCAUAGGCUUGCUUUACCAGACAGUGAUACUAACACACAAUUUGAAACAAAACAGUUGAACAACAAGAAAGAAAACUCUAAAAGAGUUACUUUAGAGGAACUAACAACCAAAAUAAAGAAUCGCUUAGAAAAAGGUACUCAAGUAGAUAUUUCUGAUAAAAUUAUUGUAGACACAAUAAAAACUGGAGUUGUAAAAAACUCUGAAGAAAUUACAAAAGAAAUAGAAUUAUUUAAUGAAAAUAUUCAGCAAAAUAGUUUAGAAGAAGUGAAAGAGAAAAAUGUAGAACCAAAUGAAGUAAUGAACUACCCAGAAAGGAUUAGAGUACCUAAAAAAGCUUAUAAGAGAGGAGCUACAUACAAAGUUAAUGACUGUUUUUAUGAUCACGAUGGUAAAUUUUUGUAUAGAGUUCUAGGUAUGUCUAAUUAG